AGGAUACAGAAGGUGGUGAUAAGAUAAUGAUCCGUCUGGCUGCCAUUAUCCAGAAGAAGACUUCUUUCCUUCAUCCGGACCUUUACUUUGAAAGCGAGGCCCGGAAGUGUUGUUCCGUGUGUAGCUUGACGCUAACAGGUGGGAAGAUGUCUGCUUCUUUCAGACUGUUGAAAAGCCGUUUUUCGGCUCUCUGUCCGGUUGGUUUCACUUCACAGCCGCAGAGGAAUCAUCCGGUGAGGUGUCCGGUCGGAGGACGGUGGCUGUCACACACACAGACAGGAGGAAACCUUCGACCACUGGAUGGCGUCAGAGUGUUGGACAUGACGAGAGUCCUGGCCGGUCCCUUCGCCUCCAUGAUCCUGGGAGAUCUGGGAGCUGAGGUGAUUAAAGUAGAGAGACCAGGUGCAGGUGAUGACACCAGAGCCUGGGCUCCUCCGUUUGUCGGCACAGAGAGCGCCUAUUUCCUCAGCAUCAACAGAAACAAGAAGAGUAUUUCUGUGGACCUGAAACAUCCCAGAGGAGCCCACAUCAUCCAGGAGCUUGCAGGAGUGUGUGACGUGCUGGUAGAGAACUACCUCCCAGGGAAGCUUCAGCAGAUGGGUUUAGGAUACGAGCAGCUGAGCAGAGUGAACCCACAACUCAUCUACUGCUCCAUAUCAGGUUACGGGCAGACCGGUCCUCAGUCUCAGAGUCCAGGCUACGACUCCAUCGCCUCGGCCGUGUCGGGGAUGAUGCACAUCACCGGGCCAGAGGACGGCGAGCCGGUGCGUCCCGGCGUCGCCAUGACAGACCUGGCGACGGGGCUGUACGCGCACGGAGCCGUCAUGGCCGCCCUGCUGCAGCGCCACAAGUCGGGGAGGGGAGUUCACAUCGACUGCAACCUGCUGUCUUCACAGGUUUCCUGUCUCAGCCAUAUUGCUGCUAACUAUCUGAACGCAGGGAAGGAGGCGAGGCGCUGGGGGACGGCCCACGAGAGCAUCGUACCUUAUCAGGGCUUCAGAACGAAAGACGGACACGUAGUCGUGGCUGCAGGCAACGACAAACAGUUUGUCAAAGUCUGUCAAGUUCUGGAGCUGACGGAGCUCACAGACGAACCAAAAUAUAAAACCAACAAGCUGAGAGUCCAAAACCGCAAACAGCUGCUGCACACGCUGUCACAGAGGUUUCUGCAGGAGAAGACCGCUGAUUGGCUGAGGAGGUUUGAGGGCUCAGGUGUUCCUGUUGGACCAAUCAACAGCAUCAAGGAAGUCUUCUCUAAUCCGCAGGUGAAACACAACGGCCUCAUACAGGAGAUGAACCAUCCGACAGCCGGACGCAUCGCUGUUCCCGGCCCGGCGGUUCGUUUCAGCAGCUUCGCCUACGCCGAGCCGACGCCCCCGCCUCUGAUUGGCCAGCACACGGUGCAGGUGCUGCGAGACACCUUGUCCUACAGCGACGACGCCAUCAAAACGCUGCUGGAGUCGGGGGCCGUGGCUCAAAACGACGUGUUCUGAUUGGCUGGGAGAGAAUAAAGUCUGUGAACCUGUCGAA